AGUCUCGCUUUUUCUAUGAGAUACUUAAAUUUCCACUUUUUUCUGUUUUGCUUUUCCCAGAAUGUGUUCUGCAACCCUGCCUUUGAGCUGGAGGGGGAGCGAGAGGAGAGGGUGGAGGGAUUCAGGACAUCCUCAUCCACCCCUGAACCAAUCAAACCACCAGCAGCCAACCUUGGUUGGGGUCUUUUUGGAGUGUGUGUGAUGCGUCUGCGGGCCCCCGGUUGUGGCUGGGGGGUGGUAGUCGCCUCAGCUGUUGCCCUGCUCCUGUUGGCAGCCUUUGGACUGGCACUGGCCCUCAUCCUCACACAGAUAAAAGGCCAGGCAAUGGAGGAUCAGUUUUUGUCCACCCAUCCUUCAGACCUGCUGAGUGCAGGAGAUGAAACAUCCCAUACUUUACCUACAGUCUCUGCCAACAGAAGUCAGUCUGAUAGUACAGCUGCACCACCACCUGCCGGGAUCCCCCCACCCGAAACACGUUGUGGAGGGGUUCUGACUGAUUCAGAGGGCAGUUUCAGUUCUCCAAACCACCCUGGCCCCUAUCCUCCAAACUUGUUGUGUGUGUGGGUAAUCCGAAUCCCCCCCCCUUCCCUGGUCCAGAUCCAUGUUUCCUCUCUGACUGUAGAGGGGCCAUCGCCCUGUCUGUUUGACUGGCUUGAGGUGCAGGAACAGAUAGAGCAGAGCUCUGUGGUCACCAGGUUCUGUGGUAAUGUAGCACCACCGACAGUCAACACAAACAGCAGCACAGUGUGGGUCACCUUCCGCUCUGAUGGCAGCAUCGCAGGCAGCGGCUUCACUGCACAGUACAGGGCCGUUCUGCCUGGACAAAAGAGCUGCUCCAGAGAAGAGUUCAUGUGUGACAGCGGUCGCUGCCUGCUGCCUGUGUCUGUGUGUGAUGGUCAUCCAAACUGCCAUGACCAAACAGAUGAGGCAAACUGCAGUCAUAAACACAAAGAAUGUGGCGGGCAGAAGACCGGGCCGUUUGGUUACCUGUCAAGUCCAAACCACCCCAGACCUUAUCCUCAUCAGCAGCUGUGCAUAUGGUACUUAUCUGUUGAGGAGGGUCACGUCAUCACACUGAGCUUCAGGAACUUCAGCCUGGAGACUCAGGAUGUGUGUGAGUUUGAUUACGUUGAGGUGCAUGACAGUGUUGAUACUGGAGCUGGAAGAGUGCUGGGAAGAUUUUGUGGCACCUCCUCCCCUCCGGACCUGACCUCCUCUGGCCCCCACAUGACUGUGGUGUUUGUAGCUGAUGAGGGAGUGGCUGACAGCGGCUUCAAUGCAACGUACCAGGCUGUGUCUGUUCGGGACAGAACAUGUGGUCCCAGCCAGUUUGCCUGCAGUACAGGCGAGUGUCUUCAGCAGCAGUGGUUGUGUGACGGAUGGAACGACUGCCCUGACGGAGCCGAUGAACAGGGCUGUGGCAACUCCACCUACCCUCCCUUCACUUCAUCAUGUGAGCUCAUUGAAGUGGAGAUGUGUCAGGGUCUCAGCUACAACCUCACCUCUUUCCCAAACAUCUGGCUGUCCAUUGCUGAUCAGAGGGAAGCUACCGCACUCCUACGACAGUACCGGGUUCUGAUGGAGCUGGCAUGUUUCGAGCCCUUGCAGAGGCUGGUGUGUGGGAUGUUUCUCCCUCAGUGCAGCCCUCAGGGUGGCGUCCUCCAGCCGUGUCGCUCAGUCUGCGCCUCUGCUGAGCAGCAAUGCAGCCAAGCCCUGGAUCUCUUCUCCUUCAGCUGGCCCUUCAACUGCCACCUCCUCCCUGACUCGCAGGACCCCAUGGAGUGCUCGCUGCCUUGAUGCUUCAGCAGUUUCUCUUGUGUUAGUAAAGAGAUGAUCAUUGUCAUCCCAGUCUACUUCACUGUUUCAGGACCUGCAUUUUACAGACCCGGGGACUCAUUUUCUGGACUCAGGCGUGAAGGUCCACCAUACUCAGUUGUGUUGGGAAAAGCAAUUUCACUUGUAACAUGACUGCAACCCUCUUAACAAUCUACUGCCUAUAAAACCCAUGGUGCAUCAGAAAAUUGUGGCACAGUAGCUAUUUACAAAAUAUUUAAAGUAUGUAGAUGAAAGGUUUUCAGGUAUUUGAGUGAUUAAGACACCGAAGACAACUAAACAAAAUUAUUUUUUUCAAUCUCUCCCUCCAGUAGAAAUCUGUUGUACAUUGUCUUUUUGCACUAUUUAUUGCUUUGAUGUCAAUCAUAUGAAAACAGAUCUCAUCUAUGAAGAAAGAAUACAAACAAAAUACAUUUAAAACAAUCUUUAUUGCAUUGUUCAUCACCACAC